AUGAACUACCUCAAGAAGUUCAAGAAAGAUAAAGACAAGACCCCCGACGAAAGUACCACCCGAGAGCUGUCACCUGAGGAUGUACCCAAUGAUGACGAGAAGAAAAAGGAUGCCAAGGCGAAAGACUCCAUGACGGACAAAGCCAUGACCUUCAUGAAGCCCUACCUCAAGCAAGCCCAAUCUUGGACAGCGAAUCAAGCCAGUGAUGCGAAGCUGGAAUUGCAAAAGGCCGCGGGUCUUGGCGCGAGACCUGAUGUGCUGCCGCAAGGCGAAGCGUUGGUAGUCGGGGAGCCAAGAACUGUAGAAUUGGGGUGGCACCCCGUAGCAGGGGCGACGGGCAAGUGGUUUGCCGAGAAGACAAUUAUCGGAGCCAAAAUCUCGCAGAAAAUUGGCAAGUACCCUGAUCCAACGCAGCAUUGGGCUGUGAUUGUGGGAGACUAUGUUCACCAGCUUUGGAUGGACGAAAAUCUCGACAUCAUAUACAUCAACGAACCCCUCAAACGAGAAGACUGGACCUUAUACGAAGUAGGCAAGACACGCUUCAACGAUCAAGCGCUCGGCGAAGCCAGUCGGAUGACGAUCCACAACAUGCGAGCAAAACGACCCGCCUACAACCUUAUCAGCAACAACUGCCAAAACUUCGCCGUCGAACUCCUCAAAGCCAUCCAAGUCGGCUCAGGCCACGAGUUCGGCACCACAUUCGCUAUCUACCAGCGUGCCACUGGCAAAGGCGCCAUCCGAGAUCUGUUCGCCGAGAAGCCGGAAGGUGAGACAGCGGCACAGAAGCAGGAUGAGGAUGGGAUUCCCGGGCCGCCUCGGAGACAGGAUACGGCGACUAUUGCGCAACAGAUUAUGGAUGAGAAGACGACCAAGCUGGAUCAUGAUGGUGGGUGA